GUAGGUAACUCUCCUGCUGUUGCACUUUUACGGGAGAUCUUCAUGAGCUGCAGAAAUAAAGGGUGAUUCAGCUACAGACACAGGAGAAAAUACACAUUGUUCUAGAGCAAGCUGUGUGCAGUGGCAUCCACAGAGACUUUGGAAGAUGAACUCUUCCUUGGCUGAUACGAUCCUUUAUUAUUCAUUCCUGUUUAUACCAAGCUUCAAUAAUUUUUUGUUAAUGCCUAUUAUGGUGGGACCCAGAGCUCUCCCUGGUGUCCUGAAGUACUACUGCAAUAGAAUUAAUAGUAAUGGAUAUUCCUCUUUAAAGGACCAGAGAAAUAAGGUUCAGUUGUUAAUAUGAUAGCUUGAUAGUUCACUGAAAAAGAACAGUUCUUCAAUUUUGGGUCAGCUUUGCUUAUUUUUACAACUUACUUGCUUUCAUUGUCACAGCUAUGUUCUGUUGCCAUAGAUUUUGUGUGCUGGAGGCUCUGCCUCUGGGCACAGACUUUACUGAGUAUUCAGGAUCUGGUUAUUCCUCACUGUUUUGAACAAUUCAGUUUGCUCUAGGUGAAGCUGUCAGGGGUGAAGCACUUUACUGCCCAGGAUAGCUGGGAACUGACAUUUCUUAGAUAUUCUUGUAGUGUGUGCCUUAAUAUGUUAAAUACCAUUGCGGUUUUUAUGGAGUCUGCCAGAAGUGUGGAGUGGUGAAUAAUCACACAGACUGCAACAGGCUUGACAUGGUCUGUGAACAUGAGAAAAAUGCACCACAUUCAGAAAACCAGAGUAUGGAAAUCUCUGGUGAGAGUGUGUGCCUUAAUUCAUAAAUGUGACAAAGAAGACUUACAGGUACUAAGUCAAACUUACUCUUUUUUAAAAAAAAAAAAAAAAAGAAAAAGAAAAAAAAAGCAUUUGUCCGUGAGAAAAGUAUAUUUUAAGUGUAGGUUUUUUGCUGUCAAAGGGUGGAGAUUUUAUUGUUUAUGAGACUUAGGAGUGCUGUAGCUGCCGAGAGCCAAUAGCAAGUAUGAACUGCUGGAAAAAAACACAACUGGCUGCUGAUUAGCUUUUAAGUAUUUUUAUAGUGGUUCACUUACAGUACUGUGGAAUUAAAAUAAUGCUUAGAAAACAAAUAAGGGUUCCUUAAAGCUCAGUGGAAGCAUAUUAACUCAUUAAUCCUGGUCAAUGGACAGUGAAGAACAUUAUCCCAAGCUGCAAAUGAGGAAAUAGGAAGUGACUCUUGGGCCACUGUUGAUGUGAGUCACUGUCACAGUCAAGAUCACAGCCCAGGGUUUUGGCUUGCGCUUCUAAAACUCACUCUGGAUUUUUUUAUUAAGCUGGAUUGGGUCUGAUCCUCUUAAGGAUGCUGUGAUUAGAGAGUCCCUGUGAUAGGUUAGUUGCACAUUAACUUCAAAGUCCGGACAUGUUCUUCAGUUGAUGGGUGUCAUGGAAAAAUGCUUGUAAAUGUUCUUUGUUCCUUGUCUUGCUUGUUAGAUUUAAUUGAUAUGUGAAAUUGAGGUUGGUAGGAACUGACAUUUCAGGAGUGCUUCCAAAGGGCAGCAAGAAAAUGUCACUUGUGUGGAUCCUCCCAGGCAGCAUGUGAGGAGCCAGCCUUGCUUUUUGCUUGUCCUUUAGGAGAGCUCUCUGCAGCCUGCAUGGUCAGAUAUGCAUUUCAUUUGGGCAGCACCUGUGUAGGGCUUCCACCAGCCAGCCUUGGCUUGGGAAAGGCUUGUGUACAAGCACUGCUGUCAGCUCCUGCUCUGUGGGCUGUGCCCCACACUCCUACAACCUUGUAACUUUUACAGUUUCUCUUCCCAAAACAAAGUGAGGUUUUUGCUGCCUAGAAAGGGGAUGUUUCUUGGAUGGGAUCACUGGGAGCAGAAUGUUCCUCAUAUGGGUCAAGAAGGAAAACAGCUUUCAACUGGUUUAUAGUUUUUAGUUAGAGUUUUUAUUACCAGCAGAAAUUUGUCAGGCCCACAGAGACAUGGGCACUUGAGAGCUGCAUUGAUGAAGGAUGUCUGAGUAAGACACCUCUCUAUGACAGAGCCCUCAGAGGAAAUGCAUUGGUGAUCCUGAGAGAGAGGUGGAUGGGGUGGUUUUGCACUCUCUGACCCAUUAACCAGUUGUGUUUGCCUGACAGGUUAAAUUAUGUGCUCCCAUGAGCUAUGUUAAAUGUGCAGCGGUUCCUGCCUAGCACAUAUUAUACAUGUUUUUAUACAUGAGAUUUGACUUACCAAAAUAACAGUAUUAAAGAGUGCCAUGAUUUUUGGUGUUUGUUUCAUUCUGUUUACAAGUAUUAUUUAGGAAAAGUGCAGGUUUUUCUGGACAUGUUUUCACUUUAUUUUCCAUUGCUUAUAACAAAUUAUCAGAUUUUUAAAAGGUGCAAAAGUGAAAUAUGUUCUAAAUUGUUGUUUGUCACCAAAUUUCAUGACUUUUAGUUAAAAUAAAUUACAAAUUCCAUAUAGAAGACAGGAAGAAAAGUGAAAUGUAUAUGCAGAAAAAAUAGUAAUAGAGUUCAGGUUGAUGUUUUUCUAAAUAUUAUGGGGUUUUAUUUCUGUGUUUGAGAACACCUCAUGUAACAAGAUGAGUUGACUUGAUAAGAAAUUUCCAGAAGUGAGCCUGGGAAUUGAUUUAAAAUAAAGAGGAUAUAGUUGUACAAAGAAGGGCUGGAGUUUUGCAAGCAAAUGCUGCUGUUCUGUACCACCUUUUCCUCUGUUGACCUCUGUGCAAUGGAGAAGUUGCGUGAAUAAAUGUGUAAUGUGGACAUAAUAGCCUUCUCUGCAACAGCCUUCUCUGUGUUUUGAAAGGGAAGCAAAAAUUAAUACAAUGGUCAUUUUUAUUUAGUUGUGGCAACUGAAUGUUAACUAUCAUGAGGAAAAUCAUGAUGACUUUUGUUGUGGGACCUUGUCUGUUGUUUCUUUAAAAAGGGUGCUGGGGCACUUUGGGGAGUCUCCAGAGUCGCCAAACAGAAAACACAACUGCCUCCUGGAGCCUCUGUGUUGCUUACCAUGAGAGGCUUUCCUGGAUCACAUCCUGUAAAAGGUUUUUGGACUUCUAGAUGGAGGUUCACAGGAUUUUCCUUUGGAGCUCCUCCAAAAUCAAAAGCUCUUUCCAUUGAGUUUAUGAAAACCUCAGUUUGCUCACAUCCAGAAAGUGACUUUUAAUCAGUGUUUUCAUUCCGUCAUUGGGGAUCUGUUCACACUCAGAGGUCUGGCAUUUGGAAAUUGUGAUUUAACCCAGCCAGCAACUCAGGCAGCGGCUUGCUCACUCCACCACAAGCAGGAUGGAGGAGAGAAUCACCAGAGUAAUAGUGACAAAACUUGUGGGUUGAGAUGAAGACAGUUCAGUAGGUAAAGCAAAAGCCGUGUUGCUGUUUUGCUCAGCAAAGCAAAACAAGGAACUCAACCACCCCUUCCCAUAGGCAGGUAGUUGUUUAGCCAUCUCCAGGAGAGCAGGGCUAUAUCACACAUAACAGUGACUUAAGAAGGCAAAUGCAAUCACUCCAAAGGUCCCCCCUUCUUUCUUCUUCUCCCUGAUUUCCAUACUCAGCAUGGUGCCAUAUAGUCUGGACUAUCGCUUGGGAUCAGUUAGGAUCAGCUGUGCCAGCUGUGUCUCCUCCCAGCUCGUUGUGUACCCCCAGCCCCCUCACUGAUGAGGAGGUACAAGAAGCUGAAAAUGCCUUGGCUCUGUGCAAUCCCUGCUCAGCAAUAACCAAACCAUCUCUAUCCUAUCAACACCUUUGAGCACAAACCCAGAACCUAAUAACCAUCAGGAAGAAAACUAACUCUACCAAAUGCAGGGUGUUGCUGAACAGAGAGAAUUGCUUAACAAGGUUGGUGACUCAUUACGCCUCACUCGAAAACAGCACAGAGAGGAUGCAUCGUGGCCACUAAUCUCAGGAAUUGCUCCUUGGUGCAGCCUGGAAGGAAGCAGAGGGUGGAGUUCAGCCUUUUAGUCAUCCUGAACUGAGGCUUGCCUACUGCUUUCAAGUUUGCCAUCUUCUUUCCACCCAGAGUGUGAUGGAAGUGGGAGUAUAUCUCUCUAAAACUCAUAACAAAAAAAAACACAACUAAGAAUAAGCAACUUUUUUUUUUUAUUAGAAAUUUCUUUAUGUCCUGUUUUCACUGUCUUUACACCAAUGGUUGAAAGCUGUAUUUGGUCUGUGAUUUUACAGGAGAGGGAAAACCGCAGGCUCCAAGAAGCAAGCAUGAGGCUGGAGCAGGAGAAUGAUGACCUUGCCCACGAGCUUGUAACAAGCAAAAUUGCCUUACGGAAUGAUCUGGACCAGGCUGAAGACAAAGCAGAUGUUUUGAACAAGGAGCUCCUCCUGACCAAACAGAAGCUAGUGGAGACUGAGGAAGAGAAAAGGAAGCAGGAAGAGGAAGCUGCUCAGCUGAAGGAAGUCUUCAGGAAGCAGUUGGAGAAAGCAGAAUCUGAGAUCAAGAAAACCACUGCCAUCAUUGCAGAGUAUAAACAGAUUUGUUCCCAGCUGAGUACCAGGCUGGAAAAACAACAGGCGGCCAAUAAAGAUGAACUGGAAGUUGUGAAGGGUAAAGUAAUGGCCUGCAAACACUGCAGUGAGAUUUUCAGCAAGGAGGGGGCACUGAAGGUGCCUACUGUAAGCACGGACAACAAAGGCAUUGAAACAGAUGAUGAGAAGGAUGCACUGAAGAAGCAGCUGAGAGAGAUGGAGCUGGAGCUUGCACAGACCAAAUUGCAGCUUGUGGAAGCCAAGUGCAAAAUUCAGGAGCUGGAGCACCAGAGAGGAGCCCUUAUGAAUGAAAUCCAAGCUGCCAAAAACUCUUGGUUUAGCAAAACCCUGAACUCUAUCAAAACGGCCACAGGCACACAGGCACCCCAGCCGCCCCUGCCUCCCAGAGAGGGCAGCACAUAGUUCCAACUGCAGCUGGCACAAGAGCAAAAAGGACAACGCAGCUGAAACAGGAUUCUUCCAGUGGUCUCUCCUCCUGGGAAAAGGACAAUGAGGCAGGAGUGCAGGCUUGAAGUGAAAUUCUUCAGUGUUUUUCAUUCAUUUUCUGAUGUGACCCUUUUCAAAGGGGGAAAAAAAAAGUCCCGGUUUAUGUUGAAUUCCUGCUUCCCAUACUGCCUUGCUGAAAGCCACAUUCUGAUAUCUUCAUACUUUUACACUUUAUUUUAUAUGACUAGAUGUUAAAUAAAUAUUUCAAAACUAGGUCUUUAGUACACAUCUAAUUUGAAAUUAUAUUUGUCUUGCACAGAAGGUUUUUCUUCUUCUGGAGGAAGAGAAUGGAAAAUGUACAGUACUGCAGCAUAAUCUAGGUGUAUGAUAAAUACACCUAGAAAGCACAGUGUAAGACAUUGAGGAUGACUUAGGCCCUGGGACCAUCUCCGAAGUUUAUCACAGCAACUUUAUCCUGCAGAGAAGCACCUUUUGCAAAGCUUAGGCCAUAGCAAAGAUAGGCUUGUGCUCUCCUGGCACAAUUGCUAUGAGCUUCCCUUACAACUUCUUAGUUUGGAUUGUUUUUUCUUCAGAAAUGCAAGUAGUGAAGGUUUUGUAACACUAUUGUUUAAAGGCUAUUGACAUCUCAACUGUAAUUUAACAUAAAGUUCCCUAGUUCCCUUUUUUAAAUUCAUGUUUAUAUUAAGAAUUCCAAGGAGUAAUUCCUUCCACUGGGAUAAAGGGAGAACUGUUUUGAUAUUUACUUUAUGUUUUUGUUGAGAAGCAGAGUGGAGACCUUGCAUGGUUUGACCUUUUGUAAAUCCUGUGCAAUAAAGGGUGGGUUUUAUGAAUAAAAGUAAUGAAAACCUUGCCCUGGAUCUAUAUUCAGAUUCAAAAUUCAGAAAUGAGGUAUCAGUUAAAACACUCAAGAGGCUUGUGCUGCACUGAUGAAUAAAAUACCAUAGAAAUAAGAUCUGUUUGCUAGAAGUGUUUGGUUAGGAAACACUUUGUUGAUAUUACUUAUUUUUAUAAAAACAAGCAUUUUCAAGUGGAAUACAAGCCCUAGACUUUCCUGUGGGUGUAGACUUCUCUGGUGAUUCCCAAACCAGUCUGGUUGUCUUAUAUCUCUUAAGGUAAGAAAGUUCAAAAACAUUUGUUUUGACUAAACAUAAAGUGUUCAUAGAAAUACUUAUUUCAUGGAAAAUUAAACUGUUGCUUGAAGUGAUGGAAUAUUUUUUUAAUUAUAUGUGUCAUGUCAGAAGAUGGUCUUGCAGGUAAAUGUCAUUGCUGGACUAAAUGUUGUGUAUUAAUUGUUUCAUUUACAAGAUUUUUGCAGGGACACUAAUUCUGUUUUGAUUUUGUUUUUUUUAAUUCUAAGGAAUGCCAUAUAUUGUUGGUUUUGUACAAUAAAAUUUAAUAAUACCCAUCUUGUGCUAUGUUGUCAAGCAUAAUUGUGAAUUAUUUUCAACAGGGUAGUACAAAUUUAAUGUUACCAGUGCCAAAGGAAAGAGUUUAAAAGGCAGUCAGCUGAUAGAAGUUGAGAUCAAAAUAUAAUCAGCAUCCAGACACAAUUCUCUCUUCUAAGAAUAAGGGGCUAAAAAACUUUAAUAUUUUAAAAUGUAUCUUCAAGAACAGUGAUUAUCUGGAAUUAUUAAUACAGUGAGGAACAAAAGGGGGGAAGACAGAAGGUAUUUCUUUUGCAAAUAUUAUCAAAGGUCUUUUUCCCUUGUCACUGUCUUGCUCAUAAUAUUUGCAUAAAUGUUUCCAUUCUCUUUACUGACUAAACCCAGUGUUAGUCAUUCACUUACAAGUUCUGUUUCACAUUCAGAAUGGGAAUCUGAAUUAGUAAUAAAUCUGAAGUGACAUUUAAGGAUACCUGGUGAAAAUCUGAUUGUUGCAUUUGAGAGUACAGUGCCCAUGAGGAGAAACUGGUUAUUUGACAAGUGUCUGAAUUUCUCAUAUCAUUUAUCUUACAUUAUACUUACAAGUGGAUUUUACACCAUGUUUGGAAAAGUUCAGUAAGAGCGAUUAAAGAAAUGUGUUAGACUGUGAUUCCCUGAGCAGAUGAGUUAAGAGCUCAUUCUUGCUCACUCCUCCAACUCCCCAUUGUACAGUCCUGUCCCUUGUCCUUAUUGUAGUAUGUACUGGAGAUAAUUAAAAACAACAACAAAAAAAAGAUGUGGGUGGAUUUAUCCCCCCCUACAAUUCAUCUUUUGUCAAGUGAAUUAGUUAAAUCACCUCAAAAGGUCCAAUGAGUGCAAACAGAUCAUGGGAGGGGGACUUUGCAAGUUAUCAAAAAGGAACUUGUAAACAAGGUCACCACAUUUCACAGAAUGAGCUUCGACACAACAUUCAUUUCUCAGUGUAGCUGCUUUCUGACUUUGGAAAUUGAGUUUCAGGAACAAAACCAUAUUUGCUACCUGCUAGCCGUGAUGAUUUCAAGCUCUUGUAAGGAUGGAAGCUAACUUAACUCACCCAAAGGAAGUUUCAGAAAGCAAUGACCCUAAAGGCAGUAAACAAUUUCCACCUUCCAGCUGUAGAUCCAAGGUAGCAUCUGUAGCAGUGGCAUUUGGAAGAGGAAUAUUUACCUGGAAAGUGCAUCUUCUCAGCAUUACUGAAAAAGUAAGAAAAUAGCUUUAUGGCAUUAUCUUGAUGAUUUUUCAGAAUGAAGGAAAAGAGCAGGACUCCAUGAUUAGACCAGGCAAGCUAAAAUUCUGUCUGCUGACUAUAGAUGCUAUUGGGAAAUUUAGUCUCCUGCAAGAAAAGAAAUCUCUGUGUGACAGAACUACCUACACACAUAUUGAUGAUUUGUCAGGAAUAGCUGACUUAUUGUUCAGCUUUUCAGCAGGAAACAUCAUCAAAGUCUCACUGAAACUGUUCUUUCCAUGUGGCACUGGAACAGCUAACAUAGCUCCUACAUCUGGAGUGAUUAACCUUCUUUUCCUGAGUCUGCAGUAAACUAUGUGUUCACAUUAAACUUCUAUUAAAAUUAAUUUUAAUUUUAUAAAUACAUAUGUGGAACUAAAACCUAUAUUUAAAUUUUAAUGAGAAUGUACCAUUCUGAAAUAAAGUCUUUACUUUGAUUAGGAACAAACCUCCAAAGAAUAUUUUUAUUAUCUUGUUGGACUAUAAUCUGUUCCUGAGAUGCCCAAUAUGGGAGGCAAAAAAAAAAGUCCUUCUUUUCACUUUAAAAAGUUACUUUUCCUUUGACUGUAACACUUUACAGGCUAAAUGAAGCAAGGCUGAUUUAGUUACAUGGUACAUUUGUGAACUAGUCAUGUAUUAUGUUUGUGAACCAACCUUAAUAUCCUAAAGUAAAAGGACUUAAGCCACUUAGUUUACAUUUCUAAAUGAACCUGGAGAGGAGUAAAAAGAAAAAAGAUACAAAACACCAUGUGUAGAGAAGCCAAGAAACUGCAAAAUCCCUGAGGUGCAUCUGCAUUAGGGUUUGGCAGAACCAAUCUCAGGAAGGGUAGUCAGCCAUGUAAUCAGUACUUCCAGUGGACAAACCUGCCCUUGUCCCGUUCAUUUAUAAGGAUUUAAUUUUACAGCUGAGUUACAUUGCUAGAACUAAGUUAAAGUGCUUACACAGGUAAGCAGUAUUUUUUUCUUUGUUAGACAUUUUAAAUGAUUUCUCUUAGUUGGCCCUUGAAAUUUCUUUUAAGAUUAAUUAUCAUCUCUCACUUUAUUAAGAACAACUUGAAAUAAAACCAGCCAUUUACCCGGGGAGAUGGAAAGACAAGAACUGCAAAAGUCCAGCCCCUUCACAAAGUAUUAAGUAUCUCAUUGACUUCAGGGUCAUGAUGCCAUUCAUUGACUGAACAUGGUAGUUUAGGAGUAAAUAAAAACCUGCAUUUACUGGCACUGAAGUAUCAAAAUUUGGAAAUGACAUGCUGAUCUUUCUCCACAGGAUCAAGGCAGGGCUGUUGUUCCCCUUCCUUACUAUUAAGUAGCUGCAGUGAAAACCAUGAAACUACUUGUAUGUGUGGGAGAAGUAUAAUCAGGUGAUUUUCAUUUACUCAGAGGAUUUUCAUUUACUGUUAGACUCAGGGAUAAUUGGCAACUUCUGCAUCAUCUGCUAAGCCUAAACACCCUUGGCUUUGAAACCAGAAGCACUCUUACUUUACAGUGCUGGUGUUCUUCCAGCUGCUAGAGAGAAAAGAGUAGUAUCAUGUCUGAUUGAUUGUGAAGAGAGGGCAGAGAUGUUCCCCUCAGGUCUGAGGGAUUGUUGUGGCUGACGAGCACUCCCCGUCCCUAGUGGACCCUGCUGGAGAGGCUGCUGUGCAAAGAGCUGGCUGCACCAGAUAUGCAAACACAAAAGGUUAAAUUGUUUGUCUUUUGUGCUAAUAUCCUACUGGGAACUGUCCCAUUAGCUCCUUCCAGGUAAUAACACUAAGGAGAGAUAUGAGGAAAUGCUCAAGUUUGGAUCUCUCAUGUUUUAGGGGAGGUGUAUGCCACAGCGGCCUUCCAAACUGAGCUAAUCCACAGGUGGCUUUUGGGAAAUGCAAGGAAUUUGCAACUGGAUAAAUAAUGCUCAGCAUUGAUCAAGAACUUAUCCUUCCCAGGUCAGAAAUCUACACAAUUUAUUUCAGAACUGUGACUUAACACAUACAGGUCUAUUCUCCAGGAAUACAGGGCUCUCCAUUUCUCCUGGGUCUCAAUGGCUUUGCUACUGAAUGUAUUUCAUGCUGUUUUUACCUGAAAAACAAAAAAUGGCUAGAGAAUUAGGAUAUUACUUUUUAUUAUUUUCUUAUUCAGUGGGACUUGCUUUUAUUUAACCUGUAAAGGAAUAUAUAUAUAUGUAUCUUUGAAGAACUAUAUCUUGCAUAUAGAAUAAUAUAUAAGAAACUGAAGAACAAGGGGAUAAAUACAUCAAAAGGAUUUGGUAUUAUAAAUUUCAUUUGUGAUUUGAUACCACCAGAAUCCUGGGCUGUACUAAUUUCCUUACAGUUUCUCUUAUUUUUGUAUUUUAUAUAAUACAUGGAUGGUACUACCAAUGCAAACCACAGCAGAUGUUCCCAGAUUUUUUUUCAGACCUCAAUUCCUAUCUUUCAGUAAUCCCUGGGUUUGGAAUUUUACUAUACCACCCUCAAAAGCUGUGCCAGGAACUCUCUCGAGCCUUGGAAACUCUUUCUUUCCCGUGGAAGAAGAUUCUUGGACUUCUUUGACCUGGGAAAAGAUGACAUAUGAAUGCAGAAAAGUGUCUAAUCAAGAAUAAUCCAUCUCCCUUUGUCUGUCUGCCAUUAUGGUAGAUUCACUCCAGCACACUGAAAAUAGAGCAGCUUCAAAUCUCUGACAAUUAAGUUUUCCAGAUUGAUCUGGGUGUGUCCCAAGCUCACAAAUUCUCAAGAGCUAGGAAAAAAGAGCAUCAGACUCUGUCUGUCAUCAGACAGAGGUCAGACUUCCAAGUGAGAACCAUUCAGUACUACCACUACUUGGGUAACGCAUCCAUGUAUUAUAUAAAGUAUGACAUGAAGACAUAAGUGUAAUGCUUGUUAUUAAAAGUGCAAUUCAAUGUACAUGGUCACAACAAAUGUUUACUUUUUUAAUUGUUACAGAAUUGUUCAUAUCAGUACCUUGUUACCAUUGUGUGAACAAUGCCUUGUAAAAUAAAUGGAAAUGGAAGACAACUUGGGAAUAAGAUGCUUAUUUUC